AUGGAAGAAAUUGAAUUGAAUAAUGAUGAAUUAAGAAAUGCAACAUGUAAAUUAGAUGGAGAUCCUAAGAUAGGUUGGUUAUGUAACAAAAAUGACUUACUUUUAAAAACAUAUGGAUGGCUAGUUAAAAAUGCUAUAGGAAUUAUAUUGUUAAUACAUGGAUUAAGAUCGCAUAGUCGAUUAACUUUUAUGAGAAUAAAUUUAAAAAUGCCAAAUGGAAAUGAAGACUUAAUAGUAGAUACUAAUAAUUACUAUAUUUACAAAGAUAGUUGGAUUGAAAAAUUUAAUAAAAAUGGUUAUUCAGUAUAUGCACUAGAUUUGCAAGGACAUGGGGAAUCACAAGGAUGGAAAAAUGCAAGAGGCGAUUUUAGUUGUUUUGAUGAUCUAGUUGAUGAUGUAUUACAAUAUAUGAAUCAAAUUCAAGAUGAAAUUUCAAAUGAUAAUCAAAUGAAUGAUGAAUCUUAUGAUAUAGUGACAACAAAAAAAAAAAAACUUCCUAUGUAUGUUAUUGGGUAUUCUAUAGGAGGGAAUAUUGCUUUAAGAAUAUUACAAUCAUUAAAUAAAGAAAAAGAAGACAUGAUUAAGGCGUGGAACUCAAAUAACUACAAAAAUUGUAAAACUGUGUUAGACAAUUCUACUAAUAUGAAUAAUUUUAAUGAUUAUUAUUCUGAUAAUUCCUGUGCCAGCACUUCUGCUACGAAAAAUGUUGUUGCUAUUGCUAGUGACAAAGAUGAAGGAUUUUAUAAUUGUUUAGAUAAAUUCAAUAUUAAAGGUUGCGUAUCUUUAUCUGGUAUGAUAAGAAUAAAAUCAAAAUUGGAUCUUGGAAUCAAAUCACUUAAGUAUUUUUAUUUACCUCUAGCAAAAUUCCUGUCUUUUGUCUUACCUCAUACACGAGUUUUUUCAAAAUCAGUUUAUAAAAAAUCAGAUUAUGUUGAUAUUGUAAGUAAAUAUGAUAAAUUUAGAAACAAUAAUGGAAUCAGAUUUAAAUAUAUAGCUGAAGUUAUAAAAGCAACAAUCGCAUUGGGUCGUAAUAUUAAUUAUAUGCCAAAAAAUAUUCCUUUAUUAUUUGUGCAUUCAAAAGAUGAUACUAUUUGUUCUUAUGAAUGGGUAGUUUCGUUUUAUGACAAAGUGAAAGUUAAUAAAAAAGAUAUACAUAUUGUUGAUGGUAUGGAUCAUGCUACAACGAUGGAGUCAGGAAAUGAAGGUAUUUUAGAAAAAAUUAUUGAUUGGAUUUAUGAUUUAAGAAUGAAUGAUGAGGACGAAAUAGAAAAUGGAUAA